ACUAAAUACUCUAGAGCCUUGCUUCUCUUACAGGCUACCUAGUCUAAGCUCAAGAUCCGUGACGCCGUCAGUUGAACAAGGCGAACCAGCUCAGUAGAGCCUCGUCUACAUGCUCCGGGAGUUUGGAUUGCCAAUGGAAAUGAUGGAUGGGCAAGUGAGAAACGCGGCCACCAGACGGGCAUCGGCCGCCCCGUCUUCCGUAUAUGGCGUUGACCCUCCUCGUCUAGCUAAAGAAGGGUACGAAUAGGUCUGGUUCCCAGAGGGAUACUGGGCGGAGCGCGAAUGCCGGCAAUUGGACACAUUUUAUCACAAAUUGUCAGACACCAGGAUAUGGAAAAGGCGAAGGCAAUCCAGGAAGAGUCUAAGCGGCAGCGGGGGCCCAGAAAGUGGGUUACAAACAGCAACUUCGAAGCCGUUGUUUCCGCAGCAGACACCUGGUGCCGUACGCAUCGCGCCUGCCAGUCCUUAUCUCUCCGAGGAGGAGCAUGUUUACUCGUUGCAGCACCCGUGGGGGACAGCAGCCGAAGACGUGGACCAAGAGGUCUUGGUUGGUCCCCGGGUGACAGUGCCGGCUAUGGAAACCAUACUCGAAGCCGAUACCAGCCUCCCAGGCUGGCUUCCAGUCAUCACCUGCAAUUGCCUCAGCCGCGCGUUCUCGUCUCGAGCGCCCAAGGAUACGGUAAGCAAAACGUUCCUCUCACUCUAGGAAAGUGGGAUGGCUAAUGGUAGUAUAUUGAAGAAGAACAAAGCCUCUGACCCUUCCAACAACCGACCAGAGGCGGUAGAGUCAGCUG